AUGACUGAGGUCGAGCGUACCGACUUCUCCGCGCUGAUCCAGUCAAAGAGAGCAAAAUGCGGGACGUCGAGAAAGAGGAAGCUUCGCGAGGUCUACUGCGUCGCGACACAGCGGGACGACCUACCGCUCCUCGACCCUGCUGCCAAUGAUGCAGAAAUCCCCACAUCAGAGGAGUGGCGGUUUCUCAAUGAUAAUGCCGUCUUAAAAGGACCAUAUCUUAACGAGCGCAACCUGCCCCCGCGACAGAUUCCACCUUUCUACCUGCCCCAGUCUCGAGGUACGAGCCCAAGGCUGGCGGGUCAGGAUGCAUCUUUGGAGCCCCCGCACCAUGUCAAAGAGAAUGGCAUCGGGCUGGCGCAGCCGAGUGUGGAAUCCCAUGAUGCGCAUGCACGACCGGAACCCGAUGAGUCGCGCGUCGCGACCACGAAACCUACCGCAGCUACUCCAGGAGGGACGAAGCUGCCCAUCGCCGAGCCGCCACGGGUCGAUUAUGAGAUCACUGACGCGGCUGCUCCUCCUGCUGUGCAAAACACGGGGCCUGAUUUACCGAACGGAGCAUCAAACCAUCCCAGCAUCGCCGCCACGACUACCGACUUGGCUGGGACGUCCACGCUGAAUCGUGCGAGUGCAGCUGGCAGAGAGGUCGCAUUCGUUGAGCCGGAGAAGGAGCGGACGGAGUCGACAGCCGCGCACCGAUGGCAAAACACGGAGGGUGUCAGUCACGAACCGGGCCCUGAUGGUAUGGACGUGGACGAGACACCUGGUCGCCCCGAAGACCAGUCACGAUUGAGUUCCCUCAGGAAACCACCACCUCUUGAUGCUUCACGGCCAUUAGACUCCUUGUCUUCGCCAGGGUCUACCACGCAGACUGCCACGACCCCUGCCGUGCAAGAUGCAUCUCCGGACACCAGUCCUGACAACGAGGGGCCACCGUAUCCUGGCGAUGACGAUGAUUCUGUACGUAGGAAGGUAGACGACGACCGUCACGACCUCCCAGGAUCUGGACAGGCUCCGGAGCACAAUCAAGCUGGGGGAGGGGCUGAAAUGGGUGCUGCUCAGCCGGCGUCUACACCUCAGGAAGCUGAAGCGGCAGAAACAACGACGUCGGGUAGUGGUCUCCAUGAGAGUACGCCGAUUGUUGAAACGGGGGAUGUCACUCAAUCCGCCGCACCUGCAGGCUCCGCACCAUCAUCUGGCCAGCAUCUCGACUCCAAUGCUGCAGGCGCAGGCCCCGCUUCUAAAGACGCACCCACAACUCGUCCUUCGUCAAGUAGUCAUGCCACCGGCUCGCCCGCCCAAGAGGAGGCUCAUCAGAAGGCCCGACGACCCUCUCCACUUGAACUUGCUGGUAGCGCCACGACUCACAACGUCGCUGCGCCGGCAGAUGCCGUCAGUCAGGACCCUGGUGCAUCAUUUUCUGCAUCAUUAUCAACUCCUUUGACAAAUGGAACUGGAUUCGACCUGAAGUCCCAGGUACCUCAAGCCUCACUGGCCGACAAUGUGCCGGACUCGCAAAUCGAAGAGGCGGCUGAGCAUGAGCAUGAGCGUGAGCAUGAGCAUGAACAGGCCCCGGCUAGCUCUGUCCUUCGGGCGAGAUCUCUGGCCGAGAAGCGUGGGCACAAGCACAGGAGGACUCCAACUGUGGUCUUCGAGAAACCGAAGAAGAAACCCGGCGAGACGAUAGUUGCAAGUCGAUCCCAGUCCCGGCCCGACCGUAUCCCAACCGAUGACUAUUUCGUUCCACUGUUCUUUGAUGGGUUUACGAGACAAUCACAAUGGAUGAGGAGUCCCGAACAACUACUCGUCACUUCGCACAAGACAAUCUCCACACCCGAUUGCGGCAUCGCGCUCCAUGAGAACCAAGCUUGCAAAGUUCUGCGCAGGAUUUACCACCUCCAGCAGCAUGAUAAAUGGUCUCUGAGACAGCCGAAGCGGUGCCCAGAGCCAACACGCCCCCCCUCACACUGGGACCUGAUGUUGCAGGAGAUGAAAUGGAUGAGGACUGAUUUUCGAGAGGAGCGGAAGUGGAAGAGGGCUGUCGCACGCAAUCUGGCGGAGGCGUGUGCCGAGUGGGUGGCAUCUAGUGAAGAGGACAGGAAGAUUCUACAGGUAAACGCGAGAAUUCCACCAGUUGACGGUGAGCAUUCAUCAAGCAAGAACGGAACAAUUCUGCCGGAAGAAGAAUCCUUGCCAACGCCGAUGCCCGACCUUGUUCCCUCGGGAGAUGCUGACUCUCAAAUGGACAUUGAUGAAGAGCCUCGGGAUUGGGACGCUCAGACAGUCGCACCUUCCGCGAUUUUUGCUUUGCAGGACGACGAGGUUGUGUUCGGUCUUCAGCAGUCGUCGACAUCCGAACAACUCUUGGAGGAAUUACCUAUGUAUGGCGCGCCUCUCAAAUUGCCGCAAUUUGAUAUCGCCGGUCCUGCGUACGACCCGGACGCUCAGUGGCGCAGGCCAGCCCUUCCACUCAGCAAAUAUGUCGAGGGCGAGAUGAGGCUCAAAUCAGAGGGCAUCAAAAUGAGGCGGAGCCGUUAUCAGUACGCAGUAGAGGACCAGGACGAGGAUGAUGAGGUGGUAUUUGGAGACGGCAAAGCUCAGAAUCCGGACCUACCCCCGGAGAAUACGGACGUGGCUCUAUUCCGCCCGGAAAUGAAGCUUGUGCGAGACAGGCUCCACGCAGGCCAUCAGUUCAGGCCGCCCACGGAGUCGCUGAUGCCCUUGCAGAGCUUCUACGAGUCCAGAAUCGCGUCGCAGUGGACACCAGCCGAGGAUGAGGAGCUCAGAAAGCAAGUACGCGAGUACUCGUACAACUGGUCCUUGAUCUCAAAGAAUGUUUCGUCAAAGUCCCUUUUCAUUUCGGGUGAAGAGAGACGGACCCAUUGGGAAUGCUUUGAGCGUUGGGUUCAGCUGGAGGGCUUCCCCAACGAUGUUGCCAGGACUCAGUACUUCCAGACUUACCAGAGGCGCAUUGACCAAGCGCAGAGAGCCAUCGCGAUGGCCAACCAGAUGGCCUCGCAGCAAGCUGCUCCGAACGGUCCAGUUGUGCCGCGACGACGACAGACCACGCCCCUGCGAGUCGAGAGACGGGCUAAUAGGCGGCAUUUCGCCUUGAUCGAUGCGAUGAAGAAGCAGGAAAAGAAACGCGAGGCAGCUAAGGCCAAGCAGCAACAGAGCACAAAUAAUCAGAGCAGGAGAACGUCGACGGAGGCCACGCAGCAGAAGCUGAAUAUCAAGACGCCAGAAGAUUAUGCCCGAGCCAGGUACGAACGCGACAGGCAGAUGACUGAGAAGAUUGCGAGGACACUUGCUGCGCAACAGGCAGAGGCCCAGAGAAGGGCAGGAAUCAGCAUCAAAUGGCCGGGGUGGCAGGUGCUCCGGGAGCCGCGCAAGUCGCUCGAAAUGCCGCAACACAUGCCGCUGUCGUAG